AUGACUACACCUUGGAAAGCAUUAAUCGAAUCUCGUCUACGAACUAACAUUGAGCAGAUUGGGGCGUCAGCAACGUACAUGUCUCUUGCUACUGUGAAAUCAGACAAUACACCUGCCAAUCGUACAGUUGUUUUUAGAGGCUUCAGUGGGCAAGAUCAUCGUGAAGAUACUGGGUGGCAAAGUGAUUUGCUCGUUAUCACCACUGACUUGCGUUCCCAAAAAAUGAAGGACAUUGCCCAUAACCCGAUGGCUGAAGUCAACUGGUAUAUGCACUCUACUCAGGAACAAUUCAGACUAUAUGGCAAGAUACGUGUUGUGGGACAUCACAAUUCACCAACAGAGGAUUUGAGCAAGCGUGUAAUGCCGACAAAAAGAGUGGAUCCCCUGGCAGUCAAGGAAUUGGCGACCAAGGCUUUUUUGAUCAAUUCCAAAAACGACACAGUUUCCUUUAAUUGGCAAGCGGAGAGACUUCGACAAUGGUAUCGAAUGAGUGAUACUUUACGUCCGACCUUUGCUUCAGAUUGCCCAUUCGAUGCGCUACAAAUCAAAGAUGUUGACAUGAGUAGCGGAUGGUUUAUCGCAUACGACAAUGUCCAGCAGCGAUUUUUGGAAGCAGGCUACGAAAAUUUCGCGGUUUUACUCUUGGAUGUGGAUAAAGUUGAUCAUUUGGUUCUACCUACCGGGAAGCACAGCUUAUAUUAUAAGGUUGAUAAUCAAUGGUUUAGCAAGGGAUUAAAUUAA